CACAACCAGACACCGCCCAACCUGCUCUUUGAUGGCAUGACUUGGAUCUCCAGAGAGGGAUUGUGGGCGGGUAGUCUGCACCAGCAGGUAUAGCCAGGUUCUCAAGGCGGCAGAAGCUCCCCACAGCCAUUUCUCGAGCCGCGAGCCAUCGUGCUGCUACCAUGAUUCGCUUCAUCCUCGUCCAGAACAAGCAGGGCAAGUCUCGCCUUUCCAAAUUCUACGUGCCUUACGACGAUGACGAGAAGGUCAAGCUCAAGGGUGAAGUGCACCGUCUCAUUGCGCCGAGGGAUACGCGUCAUCAAUCCAACUUUGUAGAAUUCCGAAGUCACAAGAUCGUCUAUCGCAGAUACGCAGGGCUCUUUUUCUGCGUUUGCGUGGAUGCCAACGAUAACGAGCUCGCAUAUCUGGAGGCGAUUCACCUUUUUGUUGAAGUCCUCGAUACGUUCUUUGGCAAUGUCUGUGAACUGGAUCUCGUCUUCAACUUCUACAAAGUAUAUGCGAUUCUUGACGAAGUAUUCUUGGCUGGUGAAAUUGAGGAGACGAGCAAGAGUGUUGUGCUCAAUCGGUUAGAUUAUCUCGAACGCCUGGAAUAGAGCUUGGCCGGUGUCCACUGAUUGCUGUGCGACUGUCACUGUAUCAUACCCCCACCUACCCAUUAAUGUACAACAUGCGAUAGUCCU